CUUUUUCUCUUCUUUUCCGAGGGAAACUAAGCUCUCAUCAACUUCAUGAACUCACCCUUUUCACUAUUAUCACCAUGUCCGUCACCACCAAAGCCACUAUUGCCUCUUUCGGCGGUAAGCUCCUCAAGCUGAGCCAUGCUGCUACCUCCACAAAAUGCGAGAUGUCCUUCAACCUCUACCUGCCGCCGCAGGCCUUCCAGAACCCUGCCCAGAAGAUUCCAGUUCUGCUGUAUUUGUCUGGUCUGACCUGCACGGCGGAUAAUUGCUCAGAGAAGGGAUUCUUCCAACACGGCGCCAGCAAGAAGGGUAUUGCCGUGCUGUACCCGGACACCAGCCCUCGCGGUCUCAACAUUGAGGGAGAAAAUGACUCCUGGGACUUUGGCACGGGCGCCGGCUUCUACGUCGACGCCACCAAGGCCCCCUACAACAACGGUUAUAACAUGUACACGUACGUCACGGAAGAAUUGCCCGCUGUGGUGUUCAAGGCGUUCCCGCAAUUGGAUGCCUCGCGGGUGAGUAUCACUGGGCAUAGUAUGGGAGGGCACGGGGCUUUGACUUUGUACCUCCGCAAUCCCGGCAAGUACAAGUCCGUCUCCGCGUUUGCGCCUAUCUCCAACCCCAUCAACUGCCCCUGGGGCCAGAAGGCGCUCGCCGGGUACUUCGGCGAGGAGCUGCGGGAGACCAAGUGGAAGGAGCAUGAUGCGACGGAGUUGGUGAAGAAGUGGAAGGGUCCGUUGGAUGUUUUGAUUGAUGUGGGUACUGGCGACAACUUCUACAAGCAGGGCCAACUGCUCCCCGAGAACUUCGAAAAGGCCGCCAAGGAGGCCGGCGUCGAGGGCGUCAAGGUGCGGUACCAGCCGGAUUACGAUCACAGCUAUUAUACCAUGGCGACAUUCUCGGAUGAUCAUGUCGAGCAUGCUGCCAAGCAAGGGAUUGGGGAUUGUGUCGUGUUAAUGGACUUGUUCUGAUAGAAGUUGAGCUUUGAUUGAAGUGACCGCCAACUGAAAUCAUCUCUUUGAAACAAUGCAUCAGUGAAAUGGGUUUGUUGAGUUGGAAGGCGGGAGAGGAGAUAUAUUAUAUAGGGUACUGUACGUAUACCACGC